GAAUAAAAACUUCGCCCCCUUCCAUCUCCGCUGGUUGCGGAUGGGUAAUAUUAUCUUCUUCCUCUUUCGCAGUACCGUGCGGAGCUAGGGUUUAGUGGACGGAAUUCACGUUGGAUUCCGGUGGGUCGUCGGCGCCAUGUUGUCGCGAUGGGCGCUGAAGCACGUCUUCAGAUUUAUCUUGAAGAAGAAGCUUGGGAAGAUCAUCCUGGGGGAUCUCGACCUCGACCAAUUGGAUGUCCAGCUGGGCGCCGGCUCGAUCGAGCUUCAUGACCUCGCUCUGAACGUCGAAUACCUCAAUCAGAAGCUAGGAAUGAACCCUAUCAUGGUCAAAGAUGGAUCAAUUGGUUCUUUAUCAGUCAAAAUACCAUGGAAUGUAAGCAACUGUGAGGUUGAAAUAAAGGAUCUUGAGAUUGUACUUUCACAACAGUCGGUUGAAGAAGUCCCAGGGGCUGUUGAACAUAUGCGAUCCCACAGAGUUGAAAAACCAUCAAUUUCGGGUAGUCGUGUCAAGAUUAGCGACAGUAGGAUCCAUCAAGAUGCUACAUUCACUCCUUCAGAUGUUCAUGAAGGAGUGAAGACAAUAGCAAAUUUGGUGAAGUGUUUGCUUUCCAAUUUCCAUGUAAAAGUAAACAAUUUGUUAGUUGCAUUAGAUCCUAACCCAAAAAAAGCUGGAAAGACGUCACAUAUCUACAGAAUCAUGGUUUUCCAUAUCACAGAAUUGGCAUAUGGCACAUGCCUGUCUGAAAGUGUGCAGACACAUUCAGACUCAGGUUCACAGAGUGAUGGUUUCCUGGGGAUGACAAAGUUGACAAAUUUCGUGACAUUCCAUGGCGCAACAGUGGAACUUCUUCAGGUGAUUGAUGAAGAGAGUCAGUCAGACUUCUCAGAUGCCUCAGGAUUCGGUAUUAGUCAGAGCUGUAAGCCUUUUGUGCCUCCAAUUCCUGUCUUUACUGGAGAAAAUGGUCUCUGUGGAACUUUGAAACUAAGCAUGCCAUGGAAAAAUGGCUCUUUGGACAUUAGUAAGGUAGAUGCAGAAUUCCAUAUUGAUCCAGUUGAGCUAAGGUUUUAUCCUAGCUCCAUACAGUUUAUCAUUUUCUUGUGGGAUUCUUUCAAGUUCAUUGGGAGAAAUGACAAUGGAAGCACAAAUUGUAAGGCCGUGGGUUCCGAAACAGGUUUAAGUGACAGGUUAGUAACAAAUAUGAACUCUCAUAUUGGUGUUGAAACUUUACCAAAUGAGUCAAUUCCUGGCACACGUUUAAUACUUGACUGGGUGCCAGUGGGUAUUAUCAAAGACAAAAAUGCUGGAGCAGAAGUAGAGCCUGAUUUUGGGGCAAGUGUCAAUCAGUUCUUUGACUGUCUGGAUGGUAUAAGCUCUCAGUCUGCUCUUAGUAGCAGCGGUAUAUGGAACUGGACGUGCUCUGUUUUCAGUACAAUUUCUGCUGCUUCCUCCCUUGCUUCUGGUUCCUUGCAUAUCCCAACUGAGCAGCAGCAUGUUCAAACAAAUAUAAAUGCGACAAUUGCUGGAGUGUCCAUCAUUCUAUCUUUCCAUGAUGAAACACAAAAUGGAUGUAAUGGCAUGAAGAGCUCUGGGGAAAACAUGUACGUCAACAACAUGAAUUCUGAUGUAGAAUCUCUGCAUCUGGAGCAAAAAAAUAUGUUGCCAGAUCAAAAGACUUGUUUUUAUAGUUCUGUGCAUUAUUUAGAAGCAAACCUUCAAGGACUUAAUGUCAUUUUCCAGAUUUUUCCCCAACAAGUAAAGUUUGAAGCGGUACUGAAGCAGAUCAUGGUCAAUGAUUGCUUUAAGUUUGAGGGCAAAGCUACAGAUUCGGGCUUGUUGGUUAAUGGGGACGAACUAUUUAGAGAGGUGAAUUUGGUCCAUUCUUUGCAGUCAGAGAUUCAGGGUGCUCUUCCACCAUUCCCUUUUUCAUUUGAAGAUCCUCCUGAUAUGUUGAAAAAUGUGAGUCGGUCGGAUACUGUGGUUGCAAAUUUACACUUGGAGCCUGUUGAUACCAAGGUGCAAGGAGAUGAUCACAGACCUAUUGCGAGGGCCAAGUAUGUGAAGAUGAAUAUUUUGAGAACAAGUACUUCCUCUGAGCAUCUGAUUUCUGUGAUAUCUCGGCAUGCAAAUGGGAAACUAAGGGCAUCAACAUCGUUCUUUGCCCAUCUUCCACCCACCAUAAUGUGGGUAAACCUGAACACUGUCAAUAUGCUAUUGGACCUAUGCAAUCAAAUUCGGAAAACUGCUGUUCCAAAUUUUGGUGGAACUUCAGAUGCAUCAUCUCAUGGUCGUCAGGAUCGUAAAGGGUUUGAUCAAACAAGUGAAGAUAUGGCAAACCCUACAGUGGUAAGUGUUCAAGGCAAUAUCGUUCUUGCUGAAACAAGAACAAUUGUGUGCUUUCCUCUCCAAAGAUAUGGGGAUUCCAGAAGCCUUUAUUUCCAUAACAACUUUGCUGUUUUUGACCUGUGUCCAUCAGAGAGGACAGAUAGCGCAGGAGAGACUUUUCAUGUGCAGAAUGGAUGUUCAGGAGGCAGCUCCAAUUACAUGCCUUCCACGUCUAUUCAUUUAAAUAUUGGUAGCUUCAGUGUAUAUCUAAUUUCAAAGCCUGAUAGAAACACUUCUGAGGGAAACUUAUUUGUCUAUAAUGAGCAAUCUUUUUCUGCAAAAGAGAUUUUCUCUUCCAUUGCAGGAAGUUGUGGCAAAUGCUCUGGUGUCUUUAUGAUUUGGAAUGUAGAUGCAGUCACAGACAUGCGUAUAGCAAAGAGAGCAUGGGAUAUGGCUACUUCAAGAAACUUCUCUAGGAACAAAGAUUCCAGGAAGAAGUGUGAGUAUGCGUCUGUAGCUACUGUCAGUGAUCAAGAAGGUAUAAGUUCCCAAGUACACCAGGAAUUGAUUUCUGCUUCAGGUUUUUCCUUCCGCGUCCAUUUUGCACGAGCCAUUGUCAGUCUUGGCCACACAGAGUAUGCACUGCUGGUGCAUCUCAUAAGCCAAGUACUGGGUGUCUUUUCCAAUGGCGGCUCAGCAAAAAAUGAUGUGAAUACCAGGGAGGACUUUUCAAAGGACAAACUGCAAUCACAUGAUGUCAAGUUUUCUCAGUCAUCAUUUCUUUUAGAAUGCGAUGUGCUAGACAUUUCAGUCAAAUUGGAGGAGGCGUUAGAUGUGAAUACAUCAAUCCAAAAGGAGCUUCCAGGUUCUUGGGCUAGUACAUGUCUGACGGUUCAGAAUUUUGAAUUGCUUUCUGGUUCAAAUAUUGGUGGCAUGCCUAGCUCAAGCAUUCUAUGGGUAAGCCAUGGUGAAGGUGAGCUUUGGGGUUCCAUUGUUAAGACAGCUGGAGAGGUUGCAGGAACAAGUGAGGAUAUAAUGCUUGUCUGUGCCAGGAAUUCUGCGAUGCGUCGGGGUGAUGGAGGUGGUGCCAAUGCUUUAUCAUCUGGAUUUGCUGGUACUUCCAUUGUACAUCUCAGUUAUCCAGAUAUGCAAAUGUCAACCUCAAUAACUCUCAAAUGUGGGACCCUUGUUGCUCCAGGUGGUCGUUUGGAUUGGUUAGCGGCUUUAUCAUCCUUCUUUUGUGUUCCUGCUGGUGAUGGUGCAUGCAGUUCUGACGCUGAUAGGCAAAAAAAAUUUUCUCAGAAGGAAAAGGUCUAUGAAUCAUCCUUUUUUCUGGAACUUGUGGAUGUUGCUUUGAGUUACGAGCCUUACCAAAAGGGAGUUAAGGCUGGUAAAGAGGGGCUUAAAUCUGCGUGUCCAGAUCCCAUGAAAUGCACUGGCAAGAUUGGAGAGCAAGGUGUGGCAUGUCUUCUUGCUGCAGCUUCAUUAUAUGUUUCGAGUAGAAACUCUGAUGGUGCAACAUCUAGUGAUUAUAAGAUCGGGAUUCAAGAUAUUGGCCUUCUUCUUUCUGAUCUUCCUGCUUUGUGGAAUUUGGUAGAUUAUGAUGUAAGGCAUCUCCGUGCAAACAACUAUGUUAAAGUUGCUGGGGAGACAUUAGUGGAAGUGAUUUUGGAGACCGACUCGGACGAUGGCACUUGGCAACUAACCUGCUCUGGUUGUCAUGUCAAAAUCAAUACAUGCCAUGAUACUAUGGCUGGUUUGAUUUGCUUAGGCAACCAGCUUCAGCAGCUUUUUGCACCUGAUUUAACAGAAUCUGUGCUGCACUUACAGACUCGAUGGAAUAUUGUCAUGCAAGCCAACAAUGACAGAGAUGAAACAAAAGCUUUUGGUGGGGAUACAUCUAAAUCUCCUCUUAUUGUGCAGGUUACAGACGAGGAUAAUAACUCGUCACCACUUGGUCUAAUGGAUGAGAUACUAGAUGAUGUCUUUCGUGAGGAAGCAGCCCAAUCUUUGGGCCCAUCUGAAUCUUUGAGCAAUCAUCCUCCAUCCAGUGAAACUGUUUCAGAUAACAAAUGCUUCCUACAUACGUCUAAAAAUGGUAAUGCUCCACUAAAUGCCUCAAGUAAUUUACUGCAUCAGCCUGAACAAGGAAAUCUCAGUAAACCCUCUCCCAAUUGCUUGCCAGAAUUUAUAGAUGACUACUAUGUGCUAGAUACAUUUUCUGCACAAAAUCCUGGUGGGUAUCACAAACACAGUGACGCAGGUCCUUCAUCUAGGGCUACUGGUUCUGCAAAUAAUGUGGAUAAUGGGAAGAGUGGAUGGUAUGAAGAUGGCUCGUUCUGUAUUGUUGAAAAUCAUGUCCCCAUUGUGAACCAUCAUGAAGGAUGUAUAGAUUCAGCCAGUUCUGAGUACUCCUUUAGUUCUUUUGCUUCAGUUGCAGAGGAGUUAAAGAGCAAAGGAAGGAUUAUUCUUGAAAAUGUCAAUGUUACAUGGGCAAUGUUUGCAGGAUCUGAUUGGUCCAGCUCUUCGUGCAACGGUUCAGAGGUCUCAAAAACAAUUGGACGUGACACUGCCAAGUGCCUAGAGCUGUCAUUGUUGGGGAUGAACAUUAAAUAUGAUAUUUUCCCUAAUGGGAAACUUAAUGUAUCAAAUCUCUCGAUAUCUAUUCAGGAUGUCCAUGUAUAUGAUAGCAGUAAAGAGGCCCCAUGGAAGAUGAUUCUGGGAUACUAUCAUUCUAAACUUCAUCCUAGAGAGAGCCAUGCAAAAGCAGUAGAUUUGAUUUUAGAGACUGUUAAGCCAGAUCCGCUGAUACCUCUUGAAGAAUACAGGCUGAAACUUUCAUUGCUUCCUUUACGGCUACAUCUGCAUCAAAGUCAAGUUGAUUUCUUAGUUUCGUUCUUUUCACAUGGACAUCCUUCCAGUGACCAAUUUUCUUCUGUUCCCAAUGACCUGGGUAGGCCUUGUACAUUUGCAACCAGUGUUAGUCAACUUAAUGUCGUUGAGGAGGCAUUGCUUCCUUUUUUUCAGAAAUGUGACAUCUAUCCAAGUAUUCUGCGUGUGGAUUACAUCCCUCAACAUGUUGAUUUGGCAGCACUUGGUGGGGGUAACUAUGUUGAGCUUCUUAAUCUGGUUCCUUGGAAGGGAAUUGAGUUACGACUCAAGUAUGUCCAUGCUGCUGGCAUUUAUGGAUGGAAUAGUGUUUGUGAAACAGUAAUUGGUGAAUGGUUGGAAGAUAUCUCUCAUAAUCAGGUCCGUGAGUUAAUUAAAGGGUUGGUUCCAGUUAGGUCCUUGUGUUCUGUUGGCUCUGGGGCUGCUAAGUUGAUAUCAUUACCGGUUACAAACUACAGGAAGGACCACAAGCUGCUCAAGGGUUUACAAAGAGGUGCCAUUACAUUUCUUAGGAGUGUAUCACUUGAAGCGGUUGCUUUAGGUGUACACUUGGCUGGUGGAGCCCAUGAUAUGCUUCUUCAGACAGAGUAUAUUCUUCAAAAUGUGCCACCUUCAGUACACACAGCUUCUAGAGACAGAGAAGAUGCUGCUGUGCGAGUCAAUCAGCCAAAUAAUGCACAAGAAGGAGUACAACAGGCAUACAAAACCCUUGCUCAUGGUUUUGGAAAGUCUGCAUCUGCGUUGGUUGGAAAUCCCAUGAAGUCAUACAACCGUGGUGCGAGUGCUGGAUCAGCUCUGGCAAGUGCUGCCAAGUCUGCCCCUGCUGCUGCUGUGGCUCCUGCUACUGCAGCAGUUGGUGCAAUACAUUGUGCUCUCCUCGGUGUAAGAAACAGCCUCGAUCCAGAGCGCAAGAGAGAAUCUAUGGAGAAGUAUUCUGGUCCCUCUAGUCUGCAUCAUAAACCCAUGAGGUAGAAGUGCUUCAUAUAUUUGUUUUAUGGCUGAUAACAGCUUGUAUUAUGUGUACAGUUCCAACAAUUCUUUGCUUGAAGAAUAGGAUGAUGUACAAAGUGUAAAUAUGUGAGGAGGCAGCUUUGGAAGUUACCUAAUUGUUAGUAUCUUUCCUGACAGCCCCGUCUGUUUGGGUCUUGAGGCUGUCGUCUGCUGGCCUGGUAUAUUGCGCAUAGCGAUUCAUUCUUUCAUUGUAUGUAUAAUCUGACAAUGGUGUGAAAUAAAAUUGCAGAAUGCUCUCUCCGGGCAUCCUUUUCCAAGUGAAAA